AAUUAGUCCUGGAUAUAUGGCGGUAGCCCUGUGAGCAUGCUUACGCUUGGCCUUAGACUUCCUAGGAGUCGCCUUCUUCUUCUUGGGCGACUCGCCCUCCACAUCGUCCUCGUCGGCAGCACGCUUCUUACGACCCUUCUUCGGAGUAGUGGGGGUGACGGGAAGCGCAGUGCCGCCUUCUCCGUUGGCAGCGUCCCUGAUCUUCUUCAUGGUGUUGCUGAAGCUGACUUUGAAACUGUGCUUGGAUGCAGAUCCCAUCUGCGCUGCAGCGCCAUCCCAGUCAACCUGAAGUCAUGUCAGUCUAGACCAACAUGCGAUCCAUGUUGUAAAAAGAGUACAUACGUCGUUAGGAGUGUUGUGGUACAAGAAACAGCAAAUCAGUCUCGUCUUCUCACUCUCGCUAAGGCUCUCAAUGAAGUCCUUGCUGAAGCGUGCAGCCAUGAUGAUGGUUGGAAGGUGAGUUGGCUUCUGUCAGAGCAGGAAAGAAGAGAGAAAGAGUAGCUUGGCCGUCGAGGUGAAGGUCGUGCGAAAG